GUCACGGCUACUUCCGGCAGGGAUUGUCUUGUACCGGCUUCCGUACUCAGCCAGCUCCUGCACACAACAGCCGCCUCCACAGCCAUAGCCAUAGCCAUGGACCGCCGCCUCGUCCUCUGCGCCCUCUUCCUCCUGGGGGCGGCCGCCAGCACCGCCCGGGCCUCCGACGUCCUAGAGCUCACCGACGAUAACUUCGAAAAGGUGGCCCCGCAGCACAGCAUCCUGCUCGUGGAGUUCUUCGCCCCCUGGUGUGGGCACUGCAAAAAACUUGCUCCUGAGUAUGAGAGUGCUGCAACCAGACUGAAAGGAACACUGUCACUGGCUAAGGUUGACUGCACAGCAAACUCUGCCAUCUGCAACAAAUAUGGAGUCAGUGGCUACCCAACACUGAAAAUUUUCAGAGAUGGUGAAGAGUCUGGAUCAUAUGAUGGGCCAAGGACUGCAGAUGGUAUUGUCAGCACUAUGAAGAAACAAGCUGGCCCAGCCUCUGUGGAUCUUCGAUCUGUAGAAGAGUUUGAGAAAUUCAUUGCAGACAAAGAUGCUGCUGUUGUUGGUUUUUUCCGGGAUCUGUAUGGAACAACUCAUUCUGAAUUCCUAAAAGCAGCCAACAGCCUCAGGGAGAACUUCCGCUUUGCUCACACAGAUGAGGAUGAGCUUGUGAAUAAAUAUGAUUCAAAUGGAGAGGGGAUUGUCAUUUUCCGCCCUCCUCGGCUAGCAAAUAAAUUUGAAGAUGCCACAGUUUCAUUCCCUGCCCAUGAGAAAAUCACAAGCACCAAGAUUAAAACUUUCAUCCAGGAAAACAUAUUUGGCAUCUGCCCUCACAUGACUGAAGACAAUAGAGAACAGAUCCAAGGAAAGGACUUGCUUGUGGCCUAUUUUGAUGUUGAUUAUGAUAAGAAUGCAAAGGGAUCAAACUACUGGAGAAACAGAGUAAUGAUGGUAGCAAAGAAGUUUGUAGAUGCUGGCAAGACCCUGAAAUAUGCCAUUGCUGAUCGUAAAGCCUUUGGACAUGAUGUGACUGAGCUUGGUCUGGAUGCCAAUGCUGGAGAUCUCCCCCUUGUUGGAAUUAAAAAUGCCAGAGGAGAGAAAUAUGUUAUGCAGGAGGAAUUCUCCCGUGAUGGAAAGGCCUUGGAGAGAUUCCUUCAAGAUUACUUUGAUGGUAAUCUGAAGAGAUACUUGAAAUCCGAAUCAAUUCCUGAAAACAAUGAUGGUCCAGUCAAGGUGGUGGUAGCUGAAAACUUCGAUGAAUUGGUUAAUGAUGAAAGCAAAGAUGUCCUAAUUGAGUUCUAUGCUCCUUGGUGUGGACACUGUAAGAACUUGGAGCCCAAGUACAAAGAGCUUGGAGAGAAGCUUGCCUUAGAUCCAAACAUUAUUAUUGCCAAGAUGGAUGCCACUGCCAAUGAUGUGCCUUCACAAUAUGAAGUCAGAGGAUUUCCUACGAUUUACUUUGCACCAGCUGGAAGUAAACAAAAUCCAAAAAGAUAUGAGGGGGGCCGAGAGGUCAGUGACUUCCUCAGCUAUCUGAAGAAGGAGGCAACAAACCCUCCAAUCGUUCAAGAAGAUGAAAAGCCCAAGAAGAAAAAGAAACAAGAGUUGUAAAGCAGUUUAUACAAGCAGCAUUUUCUAUCCACCAUGCAGAAGAAACUGUAGGGUGGGGUUGCCAUCCUGACAUUAUUGGGAUCCAAGGGGAAACAUGAUGGUGCGGUGGACACAAUGUGCGGCAAGUUUCCUUUCUUGGAAAGGAAACCUGUCCGUUUUAGUUCUUUCUUAGAUGCACUGUUGGAAACAUCCAAGGACUACAAAUAUCUGUGGCUUGUUGAGGGGAGGGCACCACUUUUCCAUCAAGGUUGGGAGGGAAGGGGGUGGGGGAAGUCCCUUUUUUGUUAAUUUUUUUUUUGUUUGAUUUCGAAUUUUUAUUUUUUGUACAUUUUGGGUAAAAAAAAUAAAACACCCCCCUACCUUUAAAA